AUGGAGGAGAGUGACCUGCUCAAGGAGAGGCUCCAAGCCAUCACUCAGAAGCAUCAAAUUCAAGAGGACAUUAAAAAGAAGAAACUGAAACUUGAUCAAGAGAAACUGAAACUGCAGCAUCUGAAGAAAAAGGCUCUGAGAGAGCAGUGGCUGCUGCAAGACUCCCAUAAUGGAGUAGACUGCACACAGCAGCAGAGCUUUCUGUCUGACCGGGAACACACCAGAGCCCUGCAGCUCAGCAUCCACAGGAUUGAAAUGGAGGUGGAGUCUCUGGAGAGAGAAGAGUCUAUGAUUAGCGUUAAUGAGAGUUUUAUCCUCAGUAGACUCAAGGCAGUGGAGAAAAGUCCGGAGGACAUUAUCAAGGAAGCCAAAAACAGCUUUGUUCCUGAACCAUCACACAUAGCCACAGUAAUCCCUGAAUCCUUCACCUCACCAGCCAGUGAACAGUGUGAGCCAAACACACCACGGCAGACUCUGUUUAACAUGCAGAUCAACGUGGCUAAAAAUACUCUGACUGGGGAGAGCUCAGUACUUUCUACGCCAGAUGUUCCUCUGGAGGACUUUCACCAAAACACCGGGCUCAAAGUUUAUGAUGAUGUCCAGAAGUGUGUUUGCGCACUCAACUCUCAACAGGCAUCACGUGACCAGAACGGUGUUUCUGAGCUAUCAGCCAAUGAGGUGGAACAUUUGCUGAGAAGUGCUACAAUGCAUUGUCAAGUAAAGCACCAAAACUGCUGCGAAAGUCCCAGGACAAGGGAGGAGCAAUGGUUUUCCCACUACCGAGAUGACAGGAACAGGGUGGAGGAGCAUGACCUCGGCAAGCAGCCAGGACACUAUGAUGUCGUGCAAAGUCACAAAGCAGACAAAGACUUUAGCUGCAAUGAAAACAGCCAAAGAAAACCACACAGUGAGCAUCACUAUAGUAACCAGGACAGCUGUUUUAUCAAAAAUGACGGCAGGAGCCAGCAAAGCAAUCUGACGGAAAGUUGUGUGACGCGCCUGGAUCACUAUCGCCACCAGCAAGAUUGUUACUGUAGUUCAUAUCCAGUGACAAAUUGUCACCGUGUUCAGGAAGGCGGUUCUGCAAGCCACCAGCCCAGUGGCAUUACCAGAAGCAGCAGCAGGACUGAACCAUCCGGGUGCUGCGUACCUCUUAGAACACAUGACCAGGAAACACUAACACACACACAGUUCAGCUACACUCCCUGUUAUAUUCCUGCUAUUGAUUAUAUCAGUGAGGAAGAACAGUACCGCCCACCAUCGUACCAGCCGAACAGACAAACUGGGAACAGACACAGAGUACCUUUCCCCCUUACUGGAGAUGACCCCCCUUACACAAUCCUUAGCAUCCUGGACACUGCUGAGCCAAUCACAGCCAUAUUCAUGGGUUUUCAGUCAGCGUUGGAUGAGAGCCGGCAGGCUCGGGAGUUUGAAGGUUCCCUCAAGGCUGAGCUGGUCUUUGUUGAGGACGAUGAAGACUAUGAUGACAGCAACAUGAAGAAGAGCCACGGGCACAUUCCAAAGCCAAGUCCAAGCAAUGGAGCUGCUGCACACAUGCAGGGACUUGGAGACGGACACAGAGAGAGAGCAGUGGGACCAGGCAUCAGAAAGAUCUGGAAAAAACAACAACUGUGCUGUAGUGUCUGCUAACU